AUGCUUGGUAGGCUAGCUAAGCGUGCGUUUGCAAGCUUUGAUUAUGAUUUAGCUGUUGUUGGAGGUGGCCCUGGCGGCUAUGUCGCAGCAAUAAAAGCAGCCCAGCUCGGCCUCAAAACAGCAUGUAUCGAAAAACGAGGAACUUUAGGAGGAACUUGUCUUAAUGUAGGCUGCAUCCCUGCAAAAGCUUUAUUAAAUUCUUCUCAUAAAUACUAUGAAGCCCAAAAACACUUUAAAGACCAUGGAAUUUUAUUUGAUAGCUUAAAAGUAGAUUUUGGCCAAAUGAUGAAAAGCAAAGAACAAGCAGUGUCCGGAUUAACACGAGGAAUUGAAGCUCUUUUUAAGAAAAAUUCGGUCACUUACCUGAAAGGGGCAGGAGCUUUCCAAGACCCUAAUACUUUGACUAUUGAUAAUGCAAACCCUAUUAGAGCCAAAAAUAUUCUGAUUGCUACAGGAUCUGAACCAAGCCAAGUCCCUGGAGGGAUCUUGCCUAUAGAUGAAAAAAGAGUGCUUUCAAACACUGGCGCGAUGGCGCUGAAAGAAAUACCUAAACGUAUGGUUGUAAUUGGAGCUGGGGUUAUUGGGCUUGAACUCGGAAGUGUUUAUAGCAGGCUUGGCACUGAAGUAAUUGUUGUGGAAUAUUUAAAUAGACUUGCCCCAGCGCUUGACUUAGAAGUCGCUCAAAGUUUACAAAAAAUCUUAGUAAAGCAAGGCAUAAAAUUCCAUUUAGGAGCAAAAGUUGUAGGUGGAGAAGCCAAAGAUGAUUCAGUCCAUGUCAAAAUUGAGCCAGCUUCACCAGACUCUAAAAAUGUCCCAGACAGUAUAGACUGUGAUUAUGUACUUGUAGCGGUUGGAAGAAAGCCUUAUACUCAAGGCUUGCAUUUAGACUUCAUUGAUGUAUCAAGAGAUAAACAAGGGCGAGUAAAUGUAAAUGAUCAUUUACAAACUUUGAGACAUGCCCACAUCUAUGCUAUUGGAGAUACUAUAAGAGGACCAAUGCUUGCUCACAAAGCUGAAGAAGAAGGGGUUUUUGUGGCUGAACAUAUAGCUGGCCAAGGUGGGCAUAUAAAUUAUGAUGCAAUUCCUGGCGUUGUAUAUACUCAUCCUGAAGUCGCUCAAGUAGGAAAAACUGAAGAAGAAUUAAAAGCAAGCAAUGUCCCUUAUAAUAAAGGCACUUUUCCGUUUAUAGCAAACUCAAGAGCGAGGGCUAAUCAAGAGAUGGAAGGGUUUGUUAAGGCUUUGGCACAUAAAGAAACUAAUCAGCUGUUAGGACUACAUAUUAUAGGGCCUGAUGCAGGAGAGAUUAUUAUGGAAGGAGUUGUUGGAAUAGAGUAUGGAGCAGCUGCAGAAGAUAUAGCAAGAACUUGCCAUGGACAUCCUGGGUUUUCAGAAGCUAUCAAAGAGGCAUGUUUAGCAACUUUUAGUAAAACUAUUAACUUUUAA